AUGGGAAUGUCCUCUAUUGUCGUGGUUGACGUCAUCCAUAGCAGCCACUUGUUCCUUGAAGCCAGUAAUGGCGUAAAUAGCUCGAUCCAUGUGCGCACCAAUCGGAUCACCAUCCGCUUCCGGUUGUGGCUGACGCGGCUUCUUUACUUUGUAUCGUCGUUGAUUCAAGACGUCUACGACGGCGAGGACGGAUUGAGACUGACCUAA